AUGUAUUAUAGGUGGCAUGCUGUUGCUUCAUGGACGUGGGAUGCACAGGAUGAAACAUGUGGAAUAUGUAGAAUGGCCUUUGAUGGUUGUUGUCCUGAGUGCAAACUCCCGGGCGAUGAUUGCCCAUUGAUUUGGGGUGCAUGCAACCAUGCAUUUCAUCUUCAUUGCAUCUUAAAGUGGGUAAAUUCUCAGACGCCACAAGCACAUUGCCCCAUGUGCCGAAGGGAAUGGCAGUUUAAAGAGUGAGAUCACAUUGUACGAAAUUUUACUUCCCCGAACAUAUGUGUGUGCAUGACUGAUUCUUUUAAAUUACUUAUUUCGUGUGAAAGUGUGUGAAGUUGAGGUAAAAUCCUUUCAACUCAAUGGUCUGGUUCCUUCAUGUUUUCCCCUUCGCAAUUUAAUGGCACGAUCAUUAACUCUCUGGGAGACUUGGAAACUA